AUGAUGAUAACCCUAAUAAGGUGAGGGUACAAUCGUAUCCCCCAACAGAGCAGGUUCAACCUUGCCCCGGAAAUCACUAUCCCUACCAAAGCAAACUUCAAACUCCUCACAAGAAAUGGCUCUGGGAAACGACACUGAACGCCUAAGAACAAUUUGGUCACCCGAGAUGGAUCGUUAUUUCAUCGAUCUUAUGUUAGAGCAGGUUAGUCAAGGCCAUGAAGUUGAGGAUCAUUUGUUUAGCAAAAAGGCGUGGAAUUAUAUGUCUUCAAGGUUCAAUGCUAAGUUCAAUUUUCAGUUCGAAAAAGAUGUUCUUAAGAACCGCCACAAAACGUUAAGGAAUCUGUACAAGAGUAUUAAGAACCUUCUUGGCCAACCAGGGUUUAGCUGGGACGAACAGCGAAAUAUGGUCAUUGUUGAUGAUCAGGUAGAUGUGAAUGCGCUAACAUGUGGAGUAAAAAAAAGUAUACCCAAUUUCAAAGACUUGUGCACUAUUUAUGGACAUGUGGUGGAAGCGAAAGGUGAUGCAGCACCUGAAGAGUUAUCUAAUUCAGGCAAAAAGGAAGCAUUUGUUCCUUAUGUAUCAAAGGAUAUCAAGGCUGAUGAAGACUGUGGAAUCUCUACCUCGGAUAAAGCAACCGAUGAUUGUGAACAAAGAGUGUCGAAGGAAACAACAACCACUUCUGGUACCCGGACCCGGACUUAUUGGCAGCCACCCAUGGAUCGUUACUUCAUUAACUUGAUGCUUGCUCAAAUGCAAAAAGGGAAUCAAUUUGAUGGGGUUUUCAGCAAACAAGCAUGGAUGGAGAUAAUUUCAUCAUUCAAUGAAAAAUUUGGUUUUGAGUAUAGUUUGGAGAUUCUUAAGAACAGGCACAAAACUCUUAGAAGGCAAUAUAAUUUAAUUAAAAGCCUCCUUCAGUUGGAUGGCUUUGCCUGGGAUGAAACACGCCAGAUGGUUAUUGCCGAUGAUUGUGUCUGGCAAGAUUAUAUUAAGGUUCACCCGGAUGCACGACAAUAUAUGACUCGACCUUUGCCAUACUAUAAAGAUUUGCGUGUCAUAUAUGAUCCAAGUUUUGAUGAAAAAGAAUAUCCUUUGCCUCCAGAUAGGCAUCAAAAUGCAAUUGAUUUUAAGAUCGAGUGCCCUUCAACAUCUAACACUGCUCAGCCUCCAAUUACAACCAAUUCUAAUGAAGAACAAUUUAGUGGUGUCAUUGAGUUACAUUAUAUAGGUCAGAAACAGAAGUGCCAAUUGGAGAAAUUUUCUAAUUCUACAAGUCCUAAAAGAUUAAGGAAUGAUGAACAAGGCAUGGCUGCUGCACUCCAUGAGAUGGCAGCUGUAGUUUCAACGGUGUCUGCAAAAAAGAAUGAUACCUCAAUAUCAAUAGAGAACGUCAUAGAAGCAGUUCAAGCAUUGCCUGAUAUGGAUGAUGACCUGGUUUUGGAUGCUUGUGAUUUCUUGGAGGAUGAAAGAAAAGCUAAAACAUUUCUUGCAUUGGAUGCCAAGCUUAGAAAGAAAUGGUUGAUUAGGAAACUUCGCACAUAGGUGUAUCCUACGCCCCCAUUCAUAUUUCGUUUGUUAUUGAUUUUGGUCCAUAUUCUUUAAGUUAUAGCUGAUUAUGUUUUUUUUGGGAGGAUUCUAAGCAAAUUAGUGCUACUAAUAAUUUUGAUGAUAGAAUAGUAUUUUGGAACGCAAAUUAAUUUGUAUAUUCA